AAAGCUUGGCUGGGAAUGAAACCAAACCUGCUGCCACACGCCACUGACUGUUGGAGAGGCGAGAACACCAGUUGUCCACGCACGGUCGUCACUCCUGUUGUUCUUGAUCAAGUUCGCUUAUCCUGUGGACGGGAAGUUGUUGUGCAUGAUCUGAUGGCACAUUCAAGCUAAUCUCGAUUUGCCUUUGCUAGGAUGCCUUGAGAGAUACUCAGUGGUGCUUCACGACCGUUGCAGACAUCCGUUGUUCAUCUCGCUGCAGCCAUGUCAUUGAGAGAAAUCAAGCUUUGCUUGCUUGGGGAUGCUGGUGUUGGCAAAUCCAGUCUAGUUCUUCGCUUUGUGUCUGAUACAUUCAACACAAAUUCAGAGAGCACAAUUGGGGCGUCGUUUAUGUCAAAAGUAUUGGAGGUCAAUGAUCAAGCAUACAAGUAUCAAAUCUGGGACACUGCUGGCCAAGAAAAGUACCGCGGCUUAGCACCAAUGUACUAUCGUGGAGCAGCUGCAGCUAUUGUCGUCUAUGACAUCACAAGCAAGGAAAGCUUUCAAAAGCUGCAAGACUGGAUGAGAGAGCUGCAGCACCUUGGGCCACCCGAGAUUGUUCUUGCGAUAGCUGGCAACAAGUGUGACUUAUCCGAGAAGAGAGAAGUUGCGUUUGAAGACGCCAAGAACUAUGCUGAGCAGAUGAAUGCAAUCUUUGCUGAAACUAGUGCACUACAAGCGACCAACGUCCAUGCGCUAUUUGAAGCGAUAAGCAAGAAGUUACCACAAGAAGUGGUUAUGCCUAACACACUGCCCCAGACAAUAACACUCUCCAGCGCACCGCCGGAGAAGGAAAAGAAAACCUGCUGCUAGUAACAGGGGAACGGGCUGCCAUUGAAGCUCGCAUGAACCGUUGACUUUGCUUGUACAUGUCGCAUCCCUUGGCUGGAUUCUAAAAUACAAGUAGACUUUGCUAUCUUGGCUUGUUUGUACUUCUAAUAUAAACACUACUUUUUGCAAUAUAAACAGUAAUUGUUAUAACGACAUGUAUAUUUUGUUGUACUAUAGUGUAGGUUUCUUCCAUACAACACAUGCUAGAUUGAGUCGCUGCUACCUGUAUAUGCCUUAUAUUCUGCUCAUUGUACCCUUGCACCUGGGCUUCCGUUCUUCUGCCCAAUCAGGUGCGUCACUGAAUCGCAAGGUGUGUGACCCUGCCCUUAGUCCCCUGUCUUGACGUAAUACCGCGGCUGAAGUUGGCUCCAUGCAUGUGUGCAAACAAACGCAGAAUGUCGUAUUUCUGCACAGACGUGUCUUUUGCUUACUACUGGCCAGCAAUGCUGCCCCAUUGGUGUAUAGUGUUGGCAGAAUGUUUCCAGCCAGACUCACUGUUGCUUUCUUAAACUCACUUGCAAUGGUACUAACUGCUUCAGUUGAGAUUUGGUGUGUUUUAAUGUAUUUUGACUUAUCUGUUGUUUAUGAUAUUGUGGAUGCUGAUAACUUUCACUGAAUGAUAUUGAUAGGGCCCAGCUACACAUGCCUUAGUGCAGUGGUAGUGUCCUUUUAUAAUGUACUCUCUCUCCCCUCCUGUUUUUAUCCAUAACAUUCUACGAUCAGUUUUUUAUGUUUCUUACUUGAAGUACUCUUUGGCAUUUCAUAGCUUCUCCUUGUGGUAACUACAAAGCUACUGCACACCACAUACAAAUACUUUCAAAGGUUUUGGCAUUGGA